AUGCCGAGGCCGCUCGCGCACUUCUCAGCCCCGCCUCCCGGCCCCUCGCCCCGGGCCCUGUCCUGCUCUCGCGCCCCGCUCCCCCUGCCUCCCACCCCGCACCCGCUCGGAGUCCCCGCCCGCUCCAGCUCCUCCAGGCGACUGGCUCGCGCCGGGUUACGCGCCGACGUCUGGCUGCCACGACUUGCCGUCUGCGGCGGCGGCGAGCGGAGCCCGGAGGGAAAGGAGGAGGGAAGCCGGGGGGCUGCGAGGGCCGCGAGCGAGCGGCAGGGUCUGAGCGGGGGCCUGCCCCGCGCCGGAGCCGAGUCAUCUCUUUCCCCUCCCUUCACCCUCCCCUUCCUCCUGCCGAUCUCCUCCCUCCCCUCCCCCUCCUCUUCCUCCUCAGCUCGGCUGCUAGAGCGGGCGCCCGCCAGCCCGUCAGCCUCAGCCCGAGCCGCAGCUCGCGCCGCCCGGGACAGGUGUGUGCGCGCGCUCGCCCUCUCUCGCCCUCCCCUCACCUGCUGCAGGACAGCGCCCGGGAAUGUCGUAAAUAAACAUGGCGAGAUUGACUCAUUCUACAUAAGCCUUGCCAAGAGAUCCUGGUCCUGUGUGAUGGUUAUUUAUGGCUGAAACCCUGA